AGGGGUACGUUAUACAUGGCCCAACAAACUGGGGACGAAGAAAAAUAUCAUUAUUUUAGAAGGCACUAUUCGAAUCAUACGAUAUCUCCUUAAUAUCAUUUAAGGACGUUACAAAAAUAGCGUGGCGCGUUGAUUCGUUUCCCGCCAAAAGGAGUGACAGUGUGCAGAGCAGAGGCAUCGAGCAUGGAGAAGGAGAAGGAGAAGGAGAAGGAGAAUCCACUUUACUGGAAGCAGCUAAUGGUCAACUUUCUCGUACGCAACCACUCCGACGAGCUUCGUUCUAUCGUUUCUUCUCCCGAUCUCAACCUUCACUUCCCUCUCUUCGUCGAUUUGGCAGAGUUAAUGGACCACCAUCCUCUCACUUUCCAGCUCCUCUUUUACAAACCCAAAACCUACUUGCCACUAUUCGAUGAAGCUUCCCUUUGGGCUCACAGAGUCUUAUUGAAUGAUAUGGCGGAUGACAAGAAAGGGGGUGAGAAAAAAUUCAUUCAUGUUCGUAUUAACAUCGGCGGCUCACCCCUUGAAUGCCCAUGCCCUGUAAAUUUUCCAAGCAUAGGACGUGUUCGCGUGCAGCACCAUGGAAUUCUUCUCACUCUCAAGGGGAUAGUAAUCAGGUCCGGAGCAAUCAAGAUGCAUGAAGGGGAGAGGAUGUACAUGUGCCAAAAAUGCAAAAACAGCUUCCCAGUUUAUCCUGAGGUGGAAGCUCGAAACUCCAUAUCAUUACCUUCAAUUUGCCCAAUUCAGCAGGGGUUCAAGCCCUGUGGAGGCACAAAAUUCCAGUAUGUAGAGAAUACUAUAGUAUGCCAUGAUUAUCAGGAGAUAAAAAUUCAAGAAAGUACACAGGUGCUAGGUGUUGGGGCAAUACCUCGUUCAAUUCUUGUCAUAUUAAAGGAUGACCUUGUAGAUGUUGUUAAAGCUGGAGACGAUGUGAUUGUCACUGGUGUCUUAACAGCAAAGUGGUCUCCAGAGUUGAAGGAUGUGCGCUGCGACCUUGAUCCUGUAUUCAUUGCCAACACUAUAAGGAGAAUCAAUGAACUGAAGUCAGAAAUUAAUACUUUGCAUGACACUGUUAUCAAAUUCAAGCAGUUUUGGGCGCACUUCAAAGAUUCACCUCUAAAAGGGAGGAAUGCUAUUCUACGAGCAAUUUGCCCACAAGUAUUUGGCCUUUUCACUGUCAAGCUGGCUGUUGCAUUAACACUUAUUGGAGGUGUGCAACAUGUUGAUGCUACUGGAACUAGGGUAAGAGGGGAGUCCCACUUACUCUUGGUUGGUGAUCCUGGCACUGGAAAAUCUCAGUUUCUGAAAUUUGCUGCAAAAUUGAGCAACCGAUCUGUUAUUACCACUGGGUUGGGAAGCACAAGUGCAGGAUUGACUGUUACUGCAGUGAAGGAUGGAGGGGAAUGGAUGUUGGAAGCUGGGGCUCUUGUUUUGGCAGAUGGAGGAUUGUGUUGCAUAGAUGAAUUUGAUAGUAUGAGGGAACAUGACAGAGCAACGAUACACGAAGCCAUGGAGCAGCAGACAAUAAGUGUUGCCAAGGCUGGUCUUGUAACAACACUCAGCUCUAGAACAACUGUAUUUGGCGCCACAAAUCCCAAGGGACAAUAUGAUCCUGAUCAACCUCUGUCUGUCAAUACAACGCUCUCUGGUCCUUUAUUAAGCAGGUUUGAUAUUGUCCUUGUUCUCUUGGAUACAAAAAAUCCUGAUUGGGAUGCUGUAGUUUCAUCUCAUAUUCUUUCUGAGGCAGAACUGGAUAGUACCACCAAUGAUGAAGAUCUGGUAAAUAGCUGGCCACUUCCUACACUGAAGAGGUACAUACAGUAUGUGAAAGAACAUUUCAGACCAGUCCUAACGAGAGAGGCUGAAAUAGUUAUAUCCAGCUAUUAUCAGCUUCAAAGGAAAUCUGCAACUCAUAAUGCAGCUAGAACAACUGUCCGCAUGUUGGAAAGUUUGAUACGCCUAGCUCAAGCCCAUGCAAGGCUGAUGUUCAGAAAUGAGGUGACUCGACUAGAUGCCAUCACGGCUAUUCUAUGCAUAGAAUCCUCCAUGACUACCUCAGCUAUUGUGGAUUGCAUAGGGAAUGCUCUGCAUUCCAAUUUUACUGACAACCCUGAUCAGGAAUAUGCGAAGCAAGAAAGAUUGAUCCUAGAAAAAUUGGAAUCAAUAGAUGACUUUCCUGAUAUGAAUGAAUAGCAUGGGGGAGUGAAGGCAAAGUAAGGAGGAAAACAACAUGGAAGAGUGAAGUGGUUCCUUUUGGUUGGUUUUGCUAUUACAAUGAAAAAGAUUGUUUUAGCAUUGAAGGGGGAAAAGUUUUAUUUGUUACUAAACGAUAUAGAUGCCUUUCAUUUGUUUCUUGUGUACUUUUAGUCAAACCUGGUUGAGCACUAGAGAUGCAUACUUGGUUUACAAGCUGCCUGGUUGCGAAUUAUCUAGUUUCCUUCCGAUGUAUACGAAUAUGUGAAUAUGUUAUUUUUUUAAUCAGUUGUGAAUAUGUGAUCCAGUUUCAAGCUUUACUAAUCACAAAAACUAUUUCUAUGGAAA